AUGGCCGUCCGCUCGAGGUCGUCAUUGCGCGUCUCGGAGCGACGAGAUCCUCAGCCUGUCCAGACUCAACCUCGACAGACUGUCUCGCUGGAUGAGAAUGGAGAUGCUCGUCCGCCUCCCUCUAAGCGACCGCGAUUGCAUCCUCCGCGUGGACGGAGGAGUUCGUCCGACCACCUGGACGCAACCAUCGACCAUCCCCUGACCCCCUCGUCGCGCCCCUCCCCAGCCAAGAUCGUCAAGCAACAAACAUUACGGCGAUAUUUUCACCAAAAACCACAGCAGAACCAUACCUCUUCUAUACCGCCCCUACAUCUCGACGGGGGGAGCGAAUCGCCCGAUCCGCUUCACACCGACCCUCCCGCGAAUGCGCCGUCUCCCGCCCCUGCGUCCACAUCCACCCCGACGUCCUCCGCCCGUCCUCAACCAGAGCCCGCAGAGUCUCACCCCACCACCGCCUCUCCUUCUGCAGCGACGCCGUCUACAACCCCCUCCAAGGAUCUCUCCGCCAAGUCCGCCGUGCCUGAACAGCGUCGUAGCCUCCGCUCCCAUGAUGGGGGUGCCCGGCCCCGGAGCGAGCUUGCCUUAUACUUUCCCAACUACGAACAGCUGCUCAGCUUCGAGACUCCGAAGACGGAUCUUCUCAACCCCCACACUUCCAUCAAAGUGAUCGAUGACCUCUCGGAGCCUCCGAUCCUGUCCGACGAAUCCGCGGACGCACUGCCGUUCGGGAAUCCCUUGGCGGAGUUACACGAGUGCGAAACAAUCACACUGGCAUUGAGUCCGGAGGAGCAGACCAAGGAACCCUCCAAGGAAGCAGCCCUGGAGCCCACGGAACAAACAAACACUGGGAAUGAAGAGCCAGAAGACCCCCUCGACGACGCUGUCUACUUCCGCGCCCACCGUCGUCACGAACGCCAAGAGAAACAGCUCCGUAACAUCGAGCGCGAGCGAGCCCAGCAUGAAAAGCAACAGCUGGAUCGGCUGCUGGACGAGCUGCGCAGCCACGAGUGGCUGCGUGUCAUGGGCAUCACGGGCCACGUGACCGACGCCGAGAAGAGACACUACGAGUCCAAGCGCGACCUCUUCGUGAGCGAGCUAUCGGCCCUCAUCCAGAAGUUCAAGAUCUGGAAGCAAGAAGAAAAGCGUCGCAAGCUGGAGCGCGAGCAGAAACCAAGGACUGCCGCCAACCACGCCGACGCGGACGCCAUUCCGCAGUCCUCGCCGAAGGGCGGCGCGUCCGACGAUCUAGACAACGACCAUGGCAACGACAAGGUAGCUCCGACGCCCACCGUGUCCGAUGCCCCUAGCUACACCGAACCGCUGGAUCCCAACGACGUCGACGCCUGCGCCGCCCGCCAACUCCACCAAGAAGCAGCCCGCUCCGCGACGACAGCGCCGGCGUCUUCGCGCGGACGAGCCCCCAAGUCAUCCCGCAGGAAAACCUCCCCUGUCCCAGUCUCUUCCUCCUCCCAGCCUCGAAAAGAAACCCCCAAAGCACAACCACCGCCCCCACCCCCACCACCUUCAAGCCCCCCACCAGACCCCAACCGCCCCUUCACCUCCUUCUUCAGCAAGCCACACCUCCGCGAGGCAGCCCUCUCACUACACCGCACAGGCGGACGACGAACGCGACUCGCCUUCGGCCAGCCCCUCCCAGAGAUGGAGAUGGGGGAGUUUGAAUUACCAGCGGAGAUCCUCACGCCGGAAGCAAUCGACUCUUGUCGACGGGAAAGGCGGCGAAGGAAGAGGGCUAAUCGGGGGUGA